UUGGCCAAGAGCCUGCAAUUUGCCCAGCAGCGACGGGCCCUGCCACCCUGCAGCAGCAUAUGUGUCCCACUGAAGCAGCCACUCGGGGACUUAACCCCUCCGGAGCUCCACAGCCCCUCCAAAGGUCCAGACGUCAGGGCAGGGCAUGCUUGCCUGGAUGGACGCGCGGCUGAGGGCGCUAUUCUCGGGGCUGAGCUACCUCUCACCUCUGGGGAAGGGGCGCUAGCCAGGAUGCCCGGCUGGCUCUUCGCCGGGGUGUCCAGGCUCACAAAUAAGCUGCCCUCUGACACACGGGCCGCAGGCCGCUCUCCAGCCCCACGCACCUGCGGGCCCCAGGUGAGGGGUGCCCGGUGCCCGGGCAAGCCCGAUGGCCGGCCGGCCCCUGGCAGGGCCCACUCCGGGCCCACCGGCGCCACCCCUCCCAGGUGCCAGCAGCACCCCGCCUUCCAGCGCGGCCAGACCCACCGGGACGAGGGCUUCCCGCCAGGGCCGGGUCCCGCUGCGGGGCAGGCUAAGGAGUAGAGGAAGCAGCGACAAUAGCAGCAGCAGCAACACAGCCCCCGCCCUGCCCGGCUCCCCCCCGGGCCAGGGGCUGGGCUCCCCGCCGGGCGAGGCAGAGCCGGCCACCACCUCCUCCACCUCCUACUCCUCCUCCUCGCCUUCCUACUUCUGCACCGGCUGCGCUCCGGCUCCGCCGCUGCCCCUCAGCCACCGGGGCUGCCACACAGACUCCCUCCCUCCCCCCGCCCCCGCCGGCUCCCCUCCGCCCCGUCCCCAGCGCCGCCGCUGCCGCCGCUUCCACAAGAUGGCGGGGACCGUGGCCGAGCGGGACGCGCUGAAAAUAGAGGACGGGCAUUUAAACAACUCCCUGGGAUCCCCGGUGCAAGCUGAUGUGUGCUUCCCUCGCCUGAUCGUCCCCUUCUGUGGGCACAUCAAAGGAGGAAUGAGGCCAGGAAAGAAGAUCUUAGUUAUGGGAAUAGUGGACCUCAAUCCCGAGAGCUUUGGCAUCAGCCUGACUUGCGGGGAGUCAGAAGAUCCUCCUGCGGAUGUAGCCAUUGAACUGAAAGCUGUGUUUACAGACAGACAGUUUGUCAGAAACUCCUGUGUUGCUGGAGAAUGGGGGGAAGAGCAAUCGUCUAUUCCUUACUUUCCCUUUAUACCAGACCAGCCUUUUAGGGUUGAGAUACUUUGUGAGCAUCCUCGGUUUAGAAUAUUUGUGGAUGGACAUCAGCUCUUUGAUUUUUACCACCGUAUCGAAACACUGUCAGCAAUUGACACAAUAAAGAUAAACGGAGAUCUUCAGCUCACGAAACUUGGCUGAACUUGGUAGGACUGCAGAUUCCAAACGGGCUCAGGUACCAUCGUCCAUUUGGAGAAGUGACAGCCGGUUCUGGACACAGCCAUGGUAGGAAGGCUGCCCUGUUCCUUUUUCCACAAGCAGUUCUUCACUCCUGUGCUGAUGAACCAGGCUGUUGUUUGUCCUAAUGAAGAACACUGCGGUUAAUAGACGUUGAGCCAUUUUUCUUGGAUCAAAGUAGCCCACCUGUGCUGGAUAAUCAAAUCGGAAUGGAUUCAGAAAGACUCGCAGUCCUGUUUCAGAGCUCACCGUUUCUGAAGCGCAGCAGUGA